AUGGCCGUGUCUGUAGCGAAUUAUCAAAGCGAACAAAGCGUACCAAAAUUGAAUUCUUUGGGAUAUGACGAUGAAAGUGUUUCAUUAGCAAAAUGUUUGCCUUCACAUCCGCAAAAACCUUCUCGUCUUCCUAUUUUUGAGACAGCAGUGACACAACAAAAUGGUGUUGGGAAUUUCCAAUGUAACGCACCACAAGGACAUGUGCGUAGUAGCGCUAAUAUGGGAUCUCAUCAUCAUAGUAUGAAUUGUGGUGAUUUUUCAUCUAAUUUGCAGCAACAGUCGCCUUUACAAAAUCGUAAUGGAUACAACCAGUCUUUCUCACAAGGUCGGUCAGAAAAAAUUCGAAAGAGAGCUUCGAGUUUUAACGAAGAUUUAGGAAAAAAUAAACCAUUGCAACCAUCAAAAAAUUUCAAUUCUCAGAAAGUUGAUAAACAAACAAUUUCUAAAUCUCCUAAAUCAAUACAAGGGUCUGAACAGUCGCCUAUUCAAUCACAAAAGCCGUCGCAACACAUAGUUCAAGAAAGGUCAUCACAAUCUAUAGAUCAACAACGGUUACCUAGCCAAUUAGAUCAAAACCAAAAAUUUGGGGACUCUACUAAAAAAGUUCAACAAAAAACCGUGGAAGAGAAAUUGUCUACACCUGAUCAAGAUAACAAAAAAUGUAUUCCACUACCGGCAAAUCAGCACCUAGAAUUAGCUUCACCUAAAGGUCAUGAUCAAAAACAUUCUAAAGAAAUUUCACAAUCAAAAAAUGAUGAUAUUAAAUCAAAUAUUGCUACCUCUACUGAUAGUGCUGUUGCGUCCAAAUUUCAGAACGCAGCAGGACAACAAUCAUCUAAUCAAUCAUCUUUCAAUCAUACAAAUGACCUCCGGAAAUCUUUUACGAAGCGUUUAAAGAGAGUAUUUAGUCUAAAUAAUAUUAAACAAGAUGAUGUUACUCAACUUAGUUCAUCAACGUCAAAUUCAGGUUCACCUUCACCUCCGAGAGAUAUUGAUGUUGAAAUAAAUAAUAAUAAAACUGGUUCAACAUCAUCACGUCGUUCAUUUAUUGAUAUACAAUCAUUAUUCGCAAAGAAUGAUAAGAAACAAAAUAAAGAACAUAAGCAUCAGCGUCAACCUUCACAACAAGAACAACGACAAUUUCGAACUUCAUCUUCAGACCGCUGUUCUAAUCAAAAAAAGCGAUCUGAAGAUAAAAAGCGGAAUUCCAAGGAUGGAAAUCCUUCUGAAGACAUUAAAAAUGGAGACAAACAAAAGAAUGAAAAUAAACCAAAGAGAGAACGUAAUUCUAUGGUGCUCUUCAAAAAGGCGUCUAUUCCUCCUCGAUUUUCAUCAUUGCCAUCACGAAACUCACGAAACAACAAUCGCUAUAAACAUCCGACAAUACAAUUACAAACUCAGUAUCAACCACAAAUUUCCAACAAGUCCGAUCCAAUCAGUCAGGGUUCUCUAUCUGAAGAUUGCGUCAAUAAUCAACAUAUUACUCAAAGUCAAUUAAAUUCAUUGCCAGCAUCUCAAUCAUCCAAAACUGGUACACCUUCUAUCGGUACUCUUGAAAGGCAUAAUGUUCCUUCUUAUAUUGCUACUAUUAAAGCCAACAAACCAUAUCUUAAUCUGAACACAAGUGCAUCUCGUUCUGUACCUUCGCUUGUUACUGGAAGAGAUAAUGAUCUUCCUCUAACUCCAUCUACUUUGAAAAAACUUCAAUUUUCUUCAAAUAUUCUUGUACAUGAGACUUGGACGCCUGAUGAUUACGAUCGUCGAGGUGACCAGUCAACUUGCAACAAGCUCACUCCUCUCCUUGCUCAAAAGAUUAAGCAAGAGUUAAAUGAGUUCAAGUUGAUUGAGAUGCAAGUUCACGAAGACAGCAAAAAGAAUACCCAUUUUUUUGCUUAG